GCGGCAGGAAGCUCCCACUGGGAAUGUGUCUCAGAGGUGCUCUGUGCCUCAGCCCCAUUGUGAGGGGCACCCCUGGAGCCGUCAGGCAGGGGUGCUGAGGGGCCUCAGUCCCGCUCCGAGCUGCUGGGGAUCGUUGUGGUCCUUGGGCUGUCACGCUUGAGCUCCCCAACAUCUGGCUUGGCUGGGAGCUGGUGGGGCACCAAGGGAGCGAGCCCCCCAGCUCGGGGUGACCCGCCGGGAGCUGCGAACCCCCCGAGGAUGAAGGCGCUGGUCCAGCUCUUCCUAACGCUGGUGUGUGUGUCAGCAGUCGCCGUGCUGUACGUCCUGCUGUGCUCCCACGCCUGCCUGCAGCCCUGCUGCUCAACCCCGGGGCAGUGGGGCAGCCCCACGGCACCCACCGUCCUCAGCUUCCAGGGGUACAGCCGCGUCCCUGAUGGGAAGCCACUGGAGCGGGCGCUGUGCCGCCGCUGCGCCAUCGUCUCCAGCUCAGGGCAGAUGUUGGGCUCACGGCUGGGAGAGGCCAUCGACGGGCACGAGUGCGUCCUGCGCAUGAACCAUGCCCCGACCGCCGGCUACGAGGAGGAUGUGGGGACGCGGAGUACUGUCCGGGUGGUGUCACACACCAGUGUUCCGCUGCUGCUGAAGAACCAGCCCUACUUCUUCCAGCAGUCCCAGGAGACCCUCUAUGUCAUUUGGGGGCCACCAAAGAAGAUGAACCGAGAGAAGGUGGGCAUAACCUACCAGGUGCUGCUGAAGGUCAUGGGGAGUUACCCCCACCUGCACAUCUACACCCUGACCGAGGAGAAGAUGAAAUAUUGUGAUGACCUCUUCCAAAACGAGACAGGGAAGAACAGGAUUAAGUCUGGCUCCUUCCUGAGCACGGGCUGGUUCACCAUGAUCUUGGCCAUGGAGCUGUGCGAGCAGAUCCACGUCUUCGGCAUGGUCAGCGACAGCUACUGCAGGGAGAAGAACCACUCAAGCGUGCCCUACCACUACUUUGAGAAGGGUCGGCUGGAUGAGUGCGGGAUGUACCUGAUGCACGAGCGAGCUCGCCGUGGUGGGCACCGCUUCAUCACUGAGAAAGCCGUCUUUGCCCGCUGGGCCAAGAAAAGGAAUAUCACCUUCACCCACCUGUCCUGGGCAGGCAGGUAGGGUGCCAGCAGUUGGGUGAGGUGGUGGGGUGGCUCUCAUCCUGCAACAGCGCAUCUCUCCUUUACUGAUGCCAUGGUUGAAAGCCUUUUUCUGAGCCCCGGAGCGGGGCGUCUCUGUCUCCACAGUGGCAGGGGCAGUUCCCCCAGCCGGUGGAUGGGCUGAGACCUUGUGUGUCAGCGCACGGCGUGCGUGAGUUGGACCCACAGAGCCUCACUGGCUCCAAGUGCCUGCCCAGAUGGACCCAGGGCGAUCACAGAGGUUUUCUGCCCCUCCACUGGGAUGAAUAUUUAAUGCAGGAUUAAAUAUUUAUGCUGCGGGCUCCAGCGUGACACAGGGUGGGAGAGCUUGGCCUUACCAGGGCCACGAGCUGAUCCCUCUCCCAGAGAUGAAGCUCCACCGCCAUCCUUGCCUCAUUCAUGCCCUAAGACCCAACACUGGAUGUGGGGUGCAGGGAGCCAAGUCCAGGCUCCCCCAUCCUGCUGCCUUCUGCUGCUUCAGACCUGGGCAGGUCCCUGUGGUCCCCUGAGUCCCUCAACUGGGAAGCCCAGGGGCCACACACACCCCAGGGGCUCCGAGUUGCCUUGUCACAAGUGCCCUUGGAUUCAGACCAAAGCAAACGUGGCCAUUAAAAGCAUUUUUAACUGG